AUGUUGUUCUUCAGCUUCUUCAAGACCCUCAUCGACCACGAGGUCACGGUCGAGCUCAAGAACGACAUCCAGAUUCGCGGCGUCCUCAAAAGUGUCGAUCAGUACCUCAACAUCAAGCUCGACAACAUCCAGGUGCUCGAGGAGCUUAAGUACCCGCAUAUGAGCGCCGUCAAAAAUGUGUUUAUCCGCGGCUCGGUCGUGAGGUAUGUGCAUCUGCCGGCCAGUGCCGUCGAUGUGCCGUUGUUGGAGGACGCUACGAGGAGAGAAGCUGCGAAUCAAGCGGGGAAGAGUAAAUGAGAGGGUCCAGGCGUGACGAGCCUGGGUUAUGGCUGGAGGGAAUUAUGAGGAGUAGGCGUGCUCGGGCAUCCUGAACAGAGCGCUUCGGUGUUGCAACGCGACUGAUGGGCCGGCCAUCCGGUUGGGCUUGGGCUGGGUGAUGGCCAUCGGUGCGAACAGAGAUACUGAGUGCCUGGACUUGACAGCCUUGAGAUUCGAGGCAUGAUAAGCUGUCAAUUCCCCGCAAGGAGAACCUGACCGUUGCCGUGCUGGUCUAUGCACACAUGUCACUAAAUCCCCAGGGGAUGCGAUUUAUUUGGGACCCUCAUGUCUGAGUUGCCCCGCUGCAUCGUCUAUCCCGCCAGCCUCGGGUUCUUGAAGGCUCUCGACCAAUAGCCUACCGUAAAUGCGGGCGUCCACAAGGAGCUCAACAAGGCUCCAUCAAGUCCACAGUUCCAUCCAUAUAACUAUCUAGAACUCCACAAAAACGAGAUUCCAUCUCAGCCAC